UUUAGUAACAACACAUCAUAGGAAGUUCACCCCUCAGGGGCAUUUAGCAUUUUGUGAUUUGGAGGAAAUUUAAGAGAGGGGAGUGACAAAGUAAACUCCCCCUCAACCCCCAUAGCACAAAUACACUGUGGUCCCCCCACCUCCAUCCAGUCCCCCUAUCCCUAAAGACUCCAGUUGGGAGCUCGGCCCUCUCUCUACCAUAGGCACAUGCUAAUGCCCCUGAGUGGGUUCCUUUGGUGGUGGUGGUGCUGUUGCUGGUACUGCUGUGGAGGGUGUUACCAGGCUCCCCAGAUGUUGCGCCACCAGGGUCUCCUCAAGUGCCGAUGUCGCAUGCUCUUCAAUGACCUGAAGGUCUUCUUGCUUCGGCGCCCACCGCCGACCCCGCUGCCCAUGCACGGUGACCCCCAGCCCCCUGGCUUGGCAGCCAACAACAACACCCUCCCAGCCCUGGGUGCUGGUGGAUGGGUAGGCUGGAGGGGUCCUCGAGAGGGGCCCAAUGGGGAGAUCCCUCCUCUGCCACCUCCACCACCCUUUCCACCCUCCUCUGCAGAGGACGACUGGGGUGGCCAGGUUGUGGAGCCACCUGCCUCCCUGCUCAGCAGCACCUCCUCAGAUGACUUCUGUAAAGGGAAGGCUGAGGACCGCUAUUCACUUGGCAGCAGCCUGGACAGUGGCAUGAGGACCCCCCUCUGCAGGAUCUGCUUCCAGGGCCCUGAACAGGGGGAGCUGCUGAGUCCCUGUCGCUGCGACGGGUCAGUCAAGUGCACACACCAGCCCUGCCUGAUAAAGUGGAUCAGCGAGAGGGGCUGCUGGAGCUGUGAAUUGUGUUACUACAAGUACCACGUCAUUGCCAUAAGCACAAAGAAUCCUCUGCAGUGGCAGGCCAUUUCUCUGACGGUCAUUGAGAAAGUCCAGAUUGCAGCAGCCAUCCUGGGUUCUCUCUUCCUCAUUGCCAGCAUCUCUUGGCUCAUCUGGUCCACCUUCAGUCCCUCGGCCAAAUGGCAGCGCCAGGACCUCCUGUUCCAGAUCUGCUAUGGGAUGUAUGGCUUCAUGGACGUGGUGUGCAUAGGCUUGAUCAUCCACGAGGGGCCGUCUGUGUAUCGGAUCUUUAAACGCUGGCAGGCUGUGAACCAGCAAUGGAAAGUGCUGAACUAUGACAAGACAAAGGACAUUGAGGACCAGAAGGCUGGGGGCAGGACAAACCCCAGGACCUCUUCAUCCACACAGGCCGACACUGCUGCCUCCUCAGAAGAGGUGGCUGUGGGCAACCCUGCCCAGGGCAAUGGCGGUGGUGGCAGUGGGAACCGGACCCCCAGUCACCCCUCUGGCCCUCUGGCCGAUCACCACUGUGCUUACACUAUCCUGCACAUCUUGAGUCACCUGAGACCUCAUGAGCAGCGGAGCCCCCCUGGUGGCAACAGAGAGCUUGUCAUGAGGGUCACCACAGUCUGAGAGCAGGAAGCAAGAGGGAGGCCUUAACCUUGAGAGCCCAGCUGGAGGGAAGGAGAGGGAGCAGAGGUGGACACACAUGGGCACGCAUCACCAGAGGGGUGGGAGAGCAGGCUGGAGAGGGUACAGGAUGAAGAGAGUCUGGGGGAGUGGGGAGAAGGAUGCGGGGAUGCCUUCAUAGGAGUCCUCCAAGGCAUCAGCCUGAUCUGGUGCUAGGCCAGAUGGAACGAAGGAGCCCUCUGGGCAUUUGGUGUUUUCCAGGUAGUAAACUCUCCUUAACAAGAACAGAAAGAAAAAAAAAUACAAAUACAAGUAAACCCAAAACUUAAAGUACAAUACAAGCUAAAGCAAAAACACACGGGAACACACCCACAUGCAGACACAUGCAGGCAGACACACACAUGCAGACACACAGAUGGACACACGUGCAGACACAUGCAGGCAGGCACAUACAGGAAGACACACAGGUGGAGACUCAUGUGCACAUAGAGACAGACACACAGGUGUACACACAUGCAGGCACACAGAUGGACAUACAUGGGUGAACACACACGUAGACACAUGCAGAUACAUGCAGGGACACACCCAAAACCACCGGUGCAGGUAGUGCAGAGAUGAGGGCCAAACUGGUGUGUCUGAUGGCAGCGUUGUCAAGAGCAGUCGCUCUCUUGACACACACAUGCAAGCAUGCACGCGUGCACACAUGCAUACACAUGCACGUGUGAAAGGAGAUAAAGUGUGAAGAUGAUUGAAAGAUGACAAGUAUUUGUUGCCCUGUUUUGUUUCUAUCUUUGGGUUUGUUUUGUUCUCCCCAGGCCAUGGGCAGUGGACAGUGGGCA